GGCACGGAUCAUCCUUUGUGAAGCUGACGUGAACAUAAGCUGCAAAUGAAAUGUACUCUUUGCCUCUGAAGGAGACUCCAAAUGGAUACAGCGCUGUCGACGACUCUGCGGGCUCUUCUUCCACAUCGUGGGCGAGGGCGUGGUCCGGCUGACCGACAAGUCCAAGGUGAACACGUCGGACAGGGAGAACUACAUUGACUUCCGGAUGAGGUUGCUAGGAGAGAGCACGCCCAAGGGCGAGACGCAGCGCGUGGUGUUCCUGUCCCCCGGUGUGCAUUCGUUCCCUUUCAAGCUGGGGCUUCCCCUGGGCCUCCCUUCGACGUUCCUGGGCAAGCACGGCUGGGUGCAGUACUUCUGCAAGGCGGCCCUCAAGGAGCCCGGCGGCCUCACCCACAAGAACCAGCAGGUCUUCAUAGUCAUGAGCCCCAUUGACCUCAACCUCGAACCCAACCUACUCACGCAACCGUUCCACUGCGAGGUGGAAGAAACGGUGGGCAUAGCCUGCAUCUCGUCCGGCAAGCUGUCCUGCAGAGUCCGCCUCGACAAAGGGGGCUACGUGCCGGGAGAGAGCAUCGCCAUCUUCGCCAGCAUAGAGAACAACAGCCGGGUCACCAUACGCAAGACCAGGGCCGUGCUCACGGAGACGAUCCAGUACACGGCCAAGAACAAGGUGGUCCAGGCCGAGACCCGGGAGCUGGCUUUCCUGGAGAAAGGCCGCGUGGAGCCAGGAGUGACCGACCAGUGGCGCAACGAGAUGCUCUACAUCCCGCCGCUGCCGCCCACCAACCUCAGAGGCUGCCACCUCAUACGGAUCCAGUACGACGUAUACUUUGUGAUCACGCCCAAGGGUCCGGACAAGGAGAUCAAGCUCCAGCUGCCGAUCAUGAUGGCCACCUACCCGAUCCGCAACAGCGACGGCACCCUCCAGCGAAAGAAGGGCACCCACUACCCGACCGUGCUGCCCGUCUUCAGGCCCUGGCUCAACACCGACAAGUUCAAGGGUUGAACGCCGCCCUUCCUUAGUUUGCCAGGAAGCCGGCCACUCCUCCUUAUAACCCAAUGCCACGACGCCCGCUUCAUGGAACCGCUGCAUACCAGUAGUUAGCCCCGAUCUUGAAGAAAGGGAAUCUAUAUUCUCACUAAAACCAAAUGUGAGUCAAGGCGGCGUUACGAGGCAUGAGUAGCUGCCCCGCUUUAAUUUAAAAACAAAA